AAACCCACUCCUGGCUUGUCCUCGUGCUCCCCCUGCUCGGUAAGCAGAGGCUUCUUGCUCACAUGCUAUAGCAGCCAUCUUCCCCGCAACAGAAUGUUCCCUGGUCUGAAGGUAACACAGCCUAUUAGUUCACUCUCCUGUCGUUGUACUCUUGGGUUGAUGCGGGUCUUUGCUAUUUGAGACAAUUCCAUGAGAGCUCCGGUUAACCAUCUGGCACGCCGGGCUUACCCAUUAGAAAUCUUACAAUGGCCACGGAGGUGAGGUCUCUGGAUGAACAGCCACUGAGAUACUAUAGAAGCAAAUCAAGAAUGGGACAGGAAACGCAGGGGCCCAGACACCAACGUCCUCCUGGGAGGGCCCAAGGACAUCCAGACCUGCUGAACAUAUCCAGGGUCCACCUACACGCCCCCAGAGGGACUUUCUUCGGCCAGGGACACCUGGAGAAGGAAAUGCAGACAACCAUCAGUCCAAAGGCUGAGCUGAACCUCGAGAAGAAGCCAAGGCACUGGCCACAGAGCCUAGGGGACAGUGGGCCACAGAAAGAGUCGGUGGUCCCGGGCAUUGUGGAUUUGGAGCUGACCCGAGAGAAGAUGAGGAGCCCCAAGGCCACGCCCUCUGGCACCUACCGCUUUGGCCGGCUGAGCCACCACUCCUUCUUCUCCCGGCACCACCCCCACCCCCAUCACGUGACCCACAUCCCAGAUUUCACGGGGAGGCCUGUCUGUAUCGUCAGGAACAAGCUCUCUGCAAGCCCCUUGCCUCGUUCCUCAAUCUUAUCCCAGUGUCUGAAGGUGAUACCCAGCAUCUCUGUCCCCAUCGGGGACCCACAGUCCAAUCGGAACCCCCAGCUUUCCUAUGAGGCCUGGAAGAAGGAGCUGAAGGAGCUGACUUCAAGGGUGGUCAUGUUCACCAAGGAGACAGAGCAGAACAACAAAGAGAAAGAGGAGCCUUCGAGGGAGCAGGGAGCAAGGUACUCAGCGGAGACGGGUAGGCUCAUCCCGGCUUCCGCCCAAGCUCUCAGUCGCCAUGGCUCCCAGCAGGGCCAGCGGAGCCACCUUCCCAGCAGAGAUAGAGGCGUCCAGACCUCUGUCUUGCAGAACCAGGAGCUGCUGGGCGGCCCCACCGCGCCUGGAGUUAGGUUCUCAGGUCCUGUGGGGAGGGGGCACAGGGCAGGACUCCAGGGGCUCCAUCUCCCUCCAUGGGCCCAAACUCCAGUCUGCCACAGCCACUUCCGCCGUAAACCGCUCGGCCGAGGAAGCACCUGGGUCUCAUCCGAGGCCGAGGUGGAGCUUCUCCUGAUGCUACCUGGCUGGCGAGCGCAGGGGAAAAAGGGCCCCGAAGUGGCAAAGAUGCCAGAGGCUGAGGAUGCGGGGAUGAGCCCUGGGUGCCCACUGACCGGCAGGAAGGAGUCCCACGCUGAGCAGCUUGCAGAACCAGCCUGCCCCGACCCUCAGGCUGCCCACCGCCAACUCCCCACCACUUUGAUAUCACCUUCAGAUCCUGGAGCUCCUCUGUCAGAUCCUUCAGACGGAUUCGCUGAGUGCCGUCCAGUACUGGCUGCUGUAUGCCACCCCCACGGAGAAGGACCUUGCUCUGGCGCUCCUGCAGAGGGCGGUGUCUCAGCUUCUCCCUCAGCCCUCAGCCUCCCCUCCAGCAGAAAGACUCUGGAACCAGCCUCAGCAAAUUCAAGAAGCACCUCAAGAGAAGCCGCACUCACCCUCCAGUCAACUUCUGAAGGCAAUGAGAACAUCACAGGGACUGAGAACCGGAAACCCAGAUCACGUGGGAAAAGCCCAAGUCCUCCGGGUGUACUCGUGAGAGGACACAGAGAAGGCGCCCCCGCUGAAGGCAGAGCGCAGAGGGGCCUCCAGCGGAGUCAGAAGACCCUAUCUUUCCGGUUCAAGUGCAGCCCCCCAGGUUCAGAGCCUGCACCUCAACAGCAGCCCCGGCUUUCCUACCAUAAACAGUCUACUCAAUAAAACCCUGGCCUCCCUGCCAGAGGGCAGUGCACUCUC